UCAAAGCCUGGCAAAUAUUCUGUCACACGGCGGCAGACGAUCUUUUAGUACUAAGGUUGUGGAAGAAAAGGUCUCAUUCAAAAUGUCGACGGCCGCAACAGCCAGCCCUGACUUGGCUAGCCCGGCUGGGGUAGUUUCAGCCACCAGCGUAUUUUAUUUUCUUCUGAUUCCCGCCAUAGCCCUAUACUACAUUUACUGGACAAUAUCAAGAAGGCACAUGGUGGAGCUAGCGAACAAAAUUCCAGGUCCAGCGGGAUUGCCUAUCAUCGGAAAUGCUCUCGAGUUUGUAGGGUCGCCCCAUGAUAUCUUUAAGAAGGUGUAUCAAAAAUCUUAUGAAUACGGCAGAACCAUCAAACUGUGGAUUGGACCCAGGCUUCUCAUUUUCUUGACCGAUCCGGAUGACGUCGAAAUAAUCCUGAGCAGUCACGUGCACAUUGACAAAUCGCCUGAAUACCGAUUCUUCAAACCGUGGUUGGGAGAUGGCCUAUUGAUCUCGACCGGUCAAAAAUGGCGGGCACAUCGAAAACUCAUCGCGCCCACUUUCCAUCUAAACGUUCUAAAAUCAUUUAUCGACCUCUUCAACAAGAACAGCAGGGAAACGGUUAGGAAAUUAGAGAAAGAAAUCGGCAAGGAAUUUGACUGCCACGAUUACAUGUCGGAAGCGACAGUCGAAAUCUUACUAGAAACCGCUAUGGGUGUAAGCAAGAAAACACAAGACCAAAGCGGGUACGAUUACGCGAUGGCGGUGAUGAAGCUCUGCGACAUUCUCCAUUUACGCCACACAAAGUUCUGGUUUAGACCCGACAUCAUCUUCAACCUGACCAAAUACGGAAAAUACCAGGAAAAACUAAUCGGAGUCAUUCACAGUUUAACCCGGAAAGUUAUUCAGAAGAAGAAAGCCGAUUUUGAAAAGGGUCUACGCGGAUCAAGCGCCGAAGUGCCCGAGGAAUUGAAAACCAAAAACUACGACAGGAACGUUUCUCUCAAAACGGCUACCGUUGAAGGCACUUCGUACGGCCAGUCGGUCGGUCUUAAAGAUGAUCUAGACGUAGAUGACGACGUAGGCGAGAAAAAGAGAAUGGCUUUCCUCGACCUCAUGAUCGAAGCGUCCCAAAACGGAGUCGUGAUCAACGACGAGGAAAUCAAAGAACAAGUGGACACCAUCAUGUUUGAAGGUCACGACACAACCGCCGCAGGAUCGAGCUUUUUCCUUUGCCAAAUGGCUGCGCAUCCGGAUAUCCAAGAAAAAGUGAUUCAGGAAAUCGACGAAAUUUUCCAGGGAUCAGACAGACCCGCGACCUUCGCCGAUACGUUGGAAAUGAAAUAUUUGGAACGUUGCUUGUUGGAAACUCUCAGAUUAUUCCCGCCAGUGCCUAUCAUCGCUCGACAAUUACAGCAAGAUGUUAAACUAGCUUCCAAUCCGAAUUUGGUUCUGCCGUCUGGCGCUACGAUUGUGGUGGGGACCUUCAAAAUACACAGACUUGAAGAAAUCUACGGACCCAAUUCGGAGAAGUUCGAUCCAGACAACUUCCUCCCAGAACGUACCGCGAACAGGCACUAUUACGGCUUUAUUCCAUUCAGCGCUGGCCCGCGCAGCUGCGUAGGGCGUAAAUAUGCAAUGCUGAAACUGAAGAUUUUACUGUCCACUAUUUUACGUAACUUCAGCAUUAAGUCCAGGCUGAAGGAAGACGACUACAAGCUGCAAGGAGAUAUCAUUUUGAAAAGGGAAGAUGGAUUCAAAAUAUCGUUGGAACCUAGAAAACCCACCGUCAAAGCUUAAACUUGAUUCUACGAGUGUUGUGUUGUAUAUUUAUAGUAGCAUAGGUGUAAUGUAAAAAAUUAAAAAUACGCAAAACUAUAGUGCAUCCUGAGAAAUCGAUAUUAUGUGGCCUAUUCGGGUACCCAAUUUCAUAUAAUUGAACGAAUAAAGUUCUCAUUAAGGAAAAA